CCACCAAAGUGUUAUUCAAGCGCCGUGUGACUUAAAGUAAUACAAAGAUCUUAUCUGGAAGAGCGGAUCACUGGGAAAAUGAUUUGAGAAGCCUGAGCCUGAGAUGGUCGGAAAAAAAUUGAGUGCACCGAUCUUGUUGCCCUCUCUUCUCCUUUUCCUGCUGCUAGAAGACAAUGCAGAUGGCCGAGCCAUAGUGUCUCCAUUCUUUCGACCUCCGCCCGGACAAGAAUAUGAAAAGAUUAAAGCUAUAAAAGAUCAUACAUAUGAGCAGUUCUAUGGAAAAGGAGGCAAAAAGAAUAAAAUAAGUCACAAGAAAAUGCUGACAUCACAAGAUAUGACUUUGACCAGAGAAGCUCUGUUGCAGGCAACCUCGGCCCAGACCACUGCACUUGUUGCUGCCGCUCAAGCUGCGCGCUCAUCCUUGGAGAUCUCGGAACUAGCUCAGAAGGCCCAGGACAUUUCUGUCAAGAGAGCACUGUGGGCCUUAAAGACAAUUAAAGUUGCAGCAAAAGCUGAAGAAGUGGCAGUGAACGCCAUACAAACCAUGUUUAUGUAAAAAAAAAUAGCAUUUCUAGUUUUCACAGUCAAAUUUUACAAAAUAUAUAAUUUAAAAAUUGUCACCUGUCUAUAAGACCUUUGAAAGAAA